AUGAGCUCGUCCCACUCUCAUCAUCCCCGCCACUCCCAAUCGAACUCCCAAUCUUUGCGACCGACCCAAAAAACUACGACGCCAAUGGCCUCUCCACGGAUGCCCCAUUCUGUUGGCCAACCGUUCCCCCCAGCCAAGAUGUCGCCAGCCAUCACAGCCGCCGACGUCCGAACACCAAGUCCAAACUAUUUCGGUCUGACUGUUGAGCCAUCGGAGGACCGUGAAUCUGCUCGGGCACCUCAUGACAACUGGAGUCCUCCCACGUCCUCUGUCAGAUCCUUUGCUGCGGCAAUACCCAAGCAACUGCCUAUAGAUGCGAACCCUGAGUUUGAGGCGUUCAGAAGAGCAGCUGACGCCAGUCGGGGGAAAGGCUUUGCCUUAGGGUCCUCACAUUUCGCCAUGGAGCCUCCAUCUUCACUCAGGCCUGUGCCACCACGCCGCCCUACCACAGAGAUCGGAAAUCCUUUCGAGGCGUCUCUCUCAGGCAACUCAAGGCCACUUUACAACAAGGCAGGUAGCAGUCGUAUGGAUAUCGACACCGACAACCUACAUGACUCGGCCUAUGUCUCUUCAGAUUCCAAGACGAACUCGCAGGGCUCUCUGAACGGCCCAUCUUUUUUUGAUAUACCAAAAUAUGAAUCUCCUGCGCAGAGCGAGUCACCUUUCCAGCCGAUUCGGCGGUCUAAUUUGUCCAAGGUCGAGGAUGCGCACCCUCGGCUAUCAUUACCGCAUAUCAAGGCGAAUCAGCCUACCUCGAGUAACGCCGCUGCUCGCUCGGAGACUUUGCCACCAACCUUGAUUGAAGGCGGUCCCAGCCUAAUGAUGCCAGCACAAUUGGAGGAUAUGAUUCGAAAUAAGCCAUCGAAGGAGUAUUUGCUGCUGGACGUGAGAGUUUCCACGCACUAUGCCGCAGCCAGAAUUAAAGAGGCUCUAAAUCUUUGCAUUCCAACCACUCUCUUGAAGCGGGCAACUUUUGAUUUGCAGAAGCUCCAGAAGACGCUUCAGACCGAGGAGGAUCAGGAACGCUUCGCACAGUGGCGGGAUGCGAAGGACUUGAUCGUGUACGACGUGGCUUCCGCAGAGAAGAGGGAUGCACAUUCGGCUAUGAAUAUGUUUAAAAAGUUCUCAAAUGAAGGCUACACCGGGAACACUUAUCUGCUGAGGGGUGGGUUUGAGGCUUUUGCUUCCUCAAUCCCGUCGCUUAUUGAUCGCAGGUCAUCCUCAGAGAGAGCUGGUGUAACUGCAAACAGUGGCGACGGGCGGCCGACAUUUGCGCCCGUCAUUGGCGGUGUUAUGCUUCCUACAGGCUCGGACAACCCAAAUCCCUUCUUUGGAAACAUCCGACAGAACAUGGACUUGGCGGAUGGUGUGGGACAGAUGGAUGUUGCAGUGCCGCCUAAUCUAAGUUCAGAGUCACUACCGAAAUGGCUGAAAAAAACAACAGCUACGGUUGAUCAUGGAAAGGCAGUGUCUGACAAGUUCCUGAAGAUUGAACGUAGCGAACAAUCUCGAAUGAAAGAUGCCUACACAGCCUUUAGCUCAACUGCAACCCAAAAAUCAAACCGCAAUAGAGUAGCAUUGUCUGGCAUAGAAAAAGGCGGGAAAAACCGCUACAAGGACAUUUUACCGUUUGAACAUGCCCGUGUUCGUCUUGCGAACAAGAAAGACGACAACUGCGAUUAUAUCAAUGCCAGUCAUGUUCAAGCUUCGCGGAGUAACAAACGGUACAUAGCAUCACAGGGCCCGUUGCCUACAACGUACGAUGACUUCUGGUCGGUCAUUUGGGACCAAGACGUGCGGGUUAUUGUUAUGUUAACAGCGGAGACUGAGGGUGGAACGCUGAAAUGUCAUCCAUAUUGGAAAGGGCGCGAUUUCGGCUCGAUCAAACUAAAGCCAUUGUCUGAGAAGAAAGUGUCGCUGGAUAUUGACAAACACCGAACCAAUUCCGUGGCCACACCACGCUCUGCAAAUUCCUCCGAGCAGAGUCGCCGCCGCGCAACUAUCACAACAACAUCAGAUUCUACACCGACUCCGCAACCUUCGCAGUCCGAGUCUGAGACACCAUACGUGAUCAUUCGCAAAUUUGCUUUGUCGCAUGCCAGCCAUCCGUUCGCACCGAUGCGGGAAAUCACUCAUCUGCAUUACCCAUCAUGGCCGGAUUUUGGAGCGCCAGCGCAGCCUUCGCAUCUUUUAGCUCUGGUCGAACUUGCCAAUGUUAUGCAGCGGUCGGCUUUCCCUCUUGAUGCCAACGUCAUUGCAUCUUCAGCAUUGUCUGAUAAGGCAGCCCAGGUCAACUGGUAUGACGAGCCAGAACAUCAGUCCCAAGCUAGACCCAUGGUUGUGCAUUGUUCUGCUGGGUGUGGUCGCACUGGCACUUUUUGCACUGUUGACAGUGUGAUUGACAUGCUUAAACGACAGAGGCUCGCCGCUCUAGGAGCAAGCCAAAGCCCACACGGGGAUAGUGAUGUCGAUAUGGAGGAUCCCAUCUCCCCAAUGGCUGCAUCAAAAAGCCCUGCCAUGAGCCGCCAGAGUACCACUGAAAGCAGCUUGGACAGUGUUUUCAAGCCAGCUAUUGACAGAAGCUUCAGCGAGUCCAGUAUAGAUGUCACCGAUUGGAUGAAGGACGACUCACUCGAUCUAAUUGAGCAUACAGUCGAAGACUUCAGAGGUCAGAGAUUGAGUAUGGUCCAGAGUCUGAGACAAUUCGUUCUUUGCUAUGAAACGGUCCUAGAAUGGAUGCUCAGACUGCAAGAGCGUAGCAACCCAGCAAUGACAACCAGAGCUAGAGCAAGAAGUGACAGCUUAAAGGCUAUGAAGGCCGCGAAGAAAUGA